CACCAAUGUCAACUCCAGCAGUUACACAAGGCUCCUAUCUCUUUGACCACAAGGACGUCUCCAGCCCAGACCAACGGCAAGAGGACCUCCAGAGCCACGAUCCAAUGACAUCGCUAUUCACUGCUCGGCGAAAGCCGAAGCGCAUCGUCCGCGACGAACCCGAGGCGCAGCCAGAGGAUGCGGAAGAAAUAUGAACGAAGUCGCUGAUGGAGAAGUAUAGACACCGGUCCCGUUGUACGACGGCCAACGAGCAAUGCGCCCCGAACAAAAUCCAAACUCCGCAUGUCCUUCAACCCAGGCGAGGAUGACACCUCACGAACGGGUGCACGAGAAGACGAAGAGCCCAUCAUACCACCCACAAAGCCGUCCAGGCUAGGUCUAUCAAGUGCAGCACAGUCCGUCCUCAACCGUGGCACAGACCGCGAUCACAGUGAACUCGAAGGUCAAGACCACGACAGAGAUAGAGACAGACCAAGCUACAGCAAAGCCUAUCUCGACGAACUGCGCAACUCGACGCCCUCGACCCCUCGCGACCUCUCCUCCCGCGACAGCCCGUCUCUCGAUCUUAUCGACCCUUCCAUCUCACAAACACAGCUCGACCUGGAAUCGAAAUUCGGCAAGACCGCCAUCUCAUCGUCUUCAUCCUCCCGCAUCCCUACUGCCGCCGAGAUCCGCGAGAAGAAGGAACGGCGCGCACGCCUUGCCAAAGAACAAGCAGCGAACGCCGACACCACCUCCACCGCCGCCGCUGGCGCGGACUUUAUAUCCCUAGAAGACUACGACUCCGAUGGCGAUUUCAAACCGCGUCGUAUGCAAGUAGGAUCGUACCUCCCACCCACACGCGAGAAAGAUACCAGACUCGUCCCAGACGACGAAGACAUCGCAGAAGGCUUCGAUGACUUUGUCGAAGAUUCCGGCCGCGUGACGCUGUCGCGCAAGGGCCAGCGCGAGCAGACUCUGCGCGAACGCGAAGCCAUCCGCGCACUCAUCGACGGCGCCGAAGGUUCCGGCUCAGACUCCGGCGCAGAAUCAGACUCCGAUUACGAGCUGCACCAGCACUACGAGUCCGCACAGACGCACCGCGGCAUGGACGGGUUGUCAUCGCACAUGGCGCACACGAGGCAGGCCAACCGGCCGCGACAACCGCGCGAGACGACGGCGAUACCGAAACUCAGUGCCGGAUUGGCCCGAUUGAGGGAUAUGGUGUCGCACCUGGAAUUCGAGAAGGCGAGGAUCGAAAAGCGCCGCGCUGAUAUUGGAAGGGAAAGGGUCGAAAUCAAGGAGAGCCAGGCUCAUAUCCAAACGAGCUUGGAGGACGCGGGCAAAGAGCUCGAAAGAGUAACGAGGGAGCAUUUGGCUGAUGCCGCCAAUGGGACUCCAGGCAUCAAUGGUCAUGGUCAGCCUGGCGGUAGCUCAAUUGCCAUGGACAGAGGACUAGAGUCCUUUGGGCAUCAUCCCGAAGACACAGGAUGAACAAAUCCAUCCAUAAUAGUAUUAUACCUCACUAAUCGAUGACAACCAGAUCUAAUGUUGAUGAGAAUGAUGAGACCGAAGCAGUAUGUGCCUCAGCGC